AUGAACGACGAUAAUAAGAGUUUAAACAUGCAAUACUUAUCACAAAGAAACGUUAACUCACAUUACUUACCAUCGUCAAGGAUUGCUAAUAAAGGUUCAGAAUCAACAACGAAGCCUCCGACCUUCCAGUUCAUUCCUCAUGAUGAGAUUUUCAGUUUAUAUGAACAACGAAAGGGGACACAAUACUUCAUACCCGAAGGAUACGAACCAGUCCUAGUUCCACGCGAUUCUCCGCUGCAACCGGUUGCAAAUCUACUCCAAAAUGGCAAAAAUUUACAACAACAGCUUCUUAAACAGCAACAACUAAAUAUUCAGCAUGCUUCAACGCCGGUCGUUGUCGUCAACAAUAAGUCCAAGGCAUCCAUUCCACAAAUUGUUCCAAUUAUAAAUAACCAAUCCAAUCCCACAUCCGACGUUCGCUUUCCACAAUUAGUGUUGGCAAGAACUUCAGCACCGACCCCGCGGGCAGGAUCAGCCGCUAAAGCUCAAAAACCAAAGAAGCCACCGAGACCUCCAAAUGCCUUUAUCUUAUACCGUCGCUCUAAGCAACCUGAAAUAGUUAAAACCAACGAAGGAAUAUCAAACAAUGAAGUAUCCAAACAAGUAGGGGAAAUGUGGCACAAGGAGCCCUUAGAAGAGAAAUUAAAGUUCCAACGAAUGGCCGAUGCGGCUAAAUUGGAACACAUGCAGAAGUAUCCAGAAUAUAAAUAUCGACCACGAAGACCUCAUGAAAAACGCCGUCGCACCAAGAGACCAAAUGCAAGUUUGAACAAUAGUAAAGUUUCCUUAACUUCCACAAGUAAAAAUGUCGUAUCUAUAACACCAAACACGAAUAAUGAAAACACAAAAUCCACAAGCCCCCUAAUGAACACUAUUUCGACCAAUGAUAAUAACAAUAUCAAUGAUGACCCUUCGUUUCUGCAAAUGGAUCGACGCUCCUCGAUCGAUACGGUUAGCACCGAAGCUACCUUUGAACUCUUUGACGAAUCCCGUCGAAGCUCAUUGAUUUCCGUGUCUGGUGACUUGAACGAAAUUGAUUAUUAUGGUUACGAACAUGAAUCAAUUGGUCUCUUCGAUGAUGUGGACGAAUCCAAAAAUUUAUUUCCUGUUGUUACUUCUUCUGAUGAUUUUAAUAAUGUCUGCGUUGAUAACGCUUUUAACUUUAUGAUGGAGGGUGUUUCACCUGAAAACGAUUCCGAUGUAAACCAAUACAAUUUCUUCGGUUAUGGGUAUCAAACGCAUACCGAACCCUUAGAUUAUAUGCAGUUCAAUAUUGAUUUGAACUCUUAUAUGCCUUCGGCAGAAGACCAGAUGAUUUGCGAACGACCUAUUGGUGUUUAA